UUUGUCACCAGAAAUUUCACAAACCCCACAACUUCUAACCAGGACUUCAUUAUGGACAGCAGAGUUUUCUUUGGCUUUGAAGGUUUCACUUUGUCCUACAUCCAGGUAGCGAUUUAGCAAUGGGAAGAAAAUGGAGGAGCAGGAUGGGAAAUCAGUGUCAAAUAGCCAAUAGACGUCCAGUUGCAAAAAUGUUUGCUGCAGAGCUUUGAUUUGAUUACGCAUCCCUUCCAAUACACACAGCCAGAGAUGCAUCCUGUGUUUAUACUGCAUUGCUGUCCUACUCAUCACCAGAGCCACUACAGACUGACCCCCUGGAUUUCAUGGAAGGACUAAAAUGGGGGGACGAGUCAUUAUAGAAUCUCUCAGUUAAUAAGGUUUUUAAUUUUUAUAUAUUGCAGCUUUGAACUGGUUGGGUUGGUAUAAUCCAAUGGCCUCAUCCUGCAGCAUGUGUGCGCGUUUCACUCCCACUGACUCCAUGAGCAGGGCGAGGAAGGACUGCAGGAUCAGGCAGGUUACAGAUGAAAAGAACCCUGCACGGAUGGAAUAUGCAAGGGGUAGAAAAUGCAAACCAGGUGCUGGGUCACUGCCUUUCAGUGCUUUGGAGGAAAUCCCAGUCAGCCACAUGCGAGGGCAAUGACACAGAACUGUAGUUCCAGCCCUGCCAGGGUUCAGCCUAUCGCACCCUGGGUGCACGUAAUGGGGCCCACUCGCUGUUGCAAUGCAUGAUACCAACGUCCUUUUUGCAGUGCAGCCAAAGACCCUCAGAGGUACCUUUCAGAGAACCAUCUUACAGUAGCACGUCACAUGCGUUAGCUCAAAGUCAGUGUUCAUGCCAAAUUAAAGCUCUGACUGCAGUGCAAACGGUGCAGCUUUUAUCUGAGCAAUUUCCUGGAAAGGUACAUCAUUGCUUCAUCUCCACACAAAUGUUACGCAGUCUGUCUCUGAUACAUGCACCUAGCAGAUUUGCCCUGACAACUGGACAAUUCAACAGUUGCACAGAAAUCUCUAUACACAGAUUCCCAAGUUGAGACAUUGCAGUGAGAGGGAUUCAUCCCACACUCUCUCAUCUCCCUUGAAGAGAAGCCAUGGCACUAGCCUGCAUUGUUACGGUUCUCAGCUUAGCGCAUCUCCUCAGCACUAUGCCCCUGCACUGUGAACUCCUGCUUCCACAAAUCCCAGACAACACUACAGCAUCCAAGCUCCUGGGGAAAUGGUUCUACAUAGCUGGUGCUUCACAGUUCCCCUUUCACCUGCUGGAAAUGGUGCAGAUAGAUAACGGUUAUCUUGAUGUGAACCCUACUGAGCAGGAGCAGGAGUUACUCAUCAACCAGCAUAUCACAGUCAGGGACAAAUGUCUCUCAAGCAACUCAGCUUACCUUGAAGUCUCUAUCAAUAAUGCCACACUGAUCAAGUAUGCCAAGAACCAGCGCACCAUGGGGAAGCUCAUGAACAGCAGUUCAGAAGAAAUUUUCCUUAUUCAAUACCAGCUGCAUAAGGAAGAAAAGAACUACACAGGAUUGUAUCUUUAUGCCCGGAACCAAAACAUGAGUAAAACUCAGUUGGAGGAAUUCAGAGACCAUGCUAAAUGUCUGGGUCUUCAUGAAGAGGAAAUAAUUUAUGCACCAUGGCAGAAGAAGGAGCUAUGCCAAAUGAAAGAAACCAAACAAAUGAUUCCCCAGGCAAGGAGACCCCAGCUACAGUACUAGGAUAACUCUGAAGCUAGCACAGCUGGACAUCAGCGACUGACCACUUAACCUCUGCAGCAAAUAAAAGUUGUCAUUAUU